AUGGCAACCCAGCAGCGUCUCUUGUCUCACUUUGCAGAUCGCAAUGGGAGUGAACGGCAAAAUUCUGGUUGGGCAGAGUUAUGGGACACGGAUCAAAGCGAUCUUUGGGAUCGUGGCACUCCUUCUGCAGCUCUCAUCGACUGGGUCGAAUCACAUCCAGAUCAACUGCAAUCACUCAGCGGCCUACACCGACCAAGGGCAUUGGUGCCUGGGUGCGGCAAAGGAUACGACGUGGCGAUGCUUGCCUUGCAUGGCUUCGACGUCGUCGGGCUCGAACUCUCCCCUCGUGGAGCCCAAGUAGCAACAUCAUACGCAGAAGCUGAGCUCGCUGAGCCCCACGACUACAACUUUGGCGAACAAAAUGACACACCGGAUGGUGGCAUUGGCUCCGUGAACAUCAUCACUGCGGACUUUUUUGACAAAAGCUGGAGCCAGAACGAGGCUGAGUCCAGCGGUCAAAAGUUUGACCUGAUAUACGAUUACACGUUCCUAUGCGCCCUUCAUCCCGACAUGCGCCAGAGCUGGGCGCAACGGAUGCUCGAGUUAUUGUCGCCGUCUGGCAUUCUCAUCUGCCUCGAAUUCCCCCUAUUCAAGGAACUGCAUGAAUUAGGCCCCCCGUGGCCGCUACAGGGAGUGUACUGGAAUCUUCUUGCUCAAGGAGGCGAUGGCAAAGUGGAUGGGCAUAAUGGGGAUAUUUCUGACGACGCUCCUGUCUCGGCCAUUGGCCCAUUUGUAAGAACAAGUCGCUUCAAACCAGAGCGCUCAUAUCCGAAUGGCAAGGGCACGGACAUGGUGAGCAUUUGGCGACGGAAAUGA